AUGAAGCAACCACCAGAAGAUUCUGGAAUCCCCGGUGGAUCACGGAGCACGGAGCCAUCAACCGCCGCCGCCGGCGGGGGUGGCGCUGCGUUCGGGCAGCCGCCGCCGCCGACGUCGGUCGCCGCGGGUGAGAGAAAACGUGCCGAAAUCGAUAGGCGGGGCGAAGCCGUCAGAAUAACUGGCAUGAGCUUAUGCGAAACGACGACGAACUCGUCGUAG